GAUCUUCUCUGCCCAAUAGGCAGGGUUUUAGGAUCCUCAACUGCAGCUGCUCCUGGGGAGUCCGCCAGCCCAAGCCACUCUGCUCAUCACCUCGUGCCCAGGCUCCAGCGCGGUCCUUCCAGCAGCUGCUGGGUGAUUGAGCAGAAACGACAGGCUCUUGUGGUUAACCGUGAAGGGUGAGAGGAGGCACUUCUGUUAUGAGCCCGAAAGGAGGUGUGUCGCGGAAGGAAGUGGUCUGGGAAGAUUCUUGCAGGAGCUCGAGUUGUCGCGUCUUCUUCACUUCUUGUCACCCUGGCAUUCCCUGCUCUUGCCCUGGGAAAGAUGGUUACCUUAGUAACGAAGCUGGUGCACGGUUUUCACCUCCGUCACAGGUACGGCCAGUAUACUAUAAAUCAGGAAGUCACCAAAGUUACGGAAAAAUGCCCAUUUGGUCGAUCAAGUUCCCAGGAUUCUUUGCACGAAUUGCCUAUGGAGGACUACUUUAUGGCAAUGGAAGAUAUGAAUAUAUCUAGUGAAGACAAACAAGAUCAAGAGGUGGUAAUUGUCAAAGAACCUGAUGAGGGUGAAUUGGAAAAAGAAUGGCUUAAGGAGGCUGGUUUCUCCAGUCUUGUUGGAGAAUCUCCUGGAGAUCCCCAAGAAACCAUAAUGCUUUUUUCCACGCUGACCAGGACCCAGGAAGCAGCUGUUCGGAAACGAAUAGAAACUGUCUCCCAGACCAUGAGGAAAAAAAACAAACAGUAUCAGAUUCCUGAUGUCAGAGAUAUAUUUGCUCAACAGACAGAGUCAAGUAAAAAAGCUCCAGAUGGCACUGAAUCGCAGUCAGUCAGAACACAUGAAAACAAAUAUCAAGAAAAAGAUGGCCAGGCACCUAGCCUAGUUGGUGAAAAGUAUCUCAGUACACCAGUACCUGAGAAGUCACCUGUCUAUGAAACAGAUGUGAACCUAGAGGUGUCAUUUGCAGAGCAAGCAUGGAAUCAAAAAGAGAACUCCAAGGAUAAGAGUCAUCGGAACAAAGGCAAUGAUACUCCAUUAUCUAAUUUAGGAUUGCCAAAUGACAAAACAGGCAUCACCAGGAUUGGUGAUCUAGCUCCGCAGGACAUGAAGAUUGUUUGCCAAUUAGCCCUAAUUGAGCUGACUGCCUUCUAUGAUAUUUUGGGUGUUGAAUUGAAACAACAAAAGGCUGCGAAAAUCAAAACAAAAGAUUCUGGCCUUUUUGGUGUUCCAUUGACAGUAUUACUAGAACAAGAUCAAAAGAAAGUUCCAGGAACUCGAAUACCCUUGAUAUUCCAAAAACUGAUUUCUCAAAUUGAAGAGGGAAGUUUGGAAACUGAAGGCCUCUUAAGAAAACCUGGUGCUACCGCUAGGAUCAAGAAUCUAUGCCAUGAACUGGAAACAAAGUUUUAUUUAGGGACUUUUAAUUGGGAAUGUGUCCAGCAGCAUGAUACAGCCAGCCUGCUGAAGCUCUUCAUCCGGGAGCUUCCUCAGCCGCUGCUCAGUGUAGAAUACCUCAAAGCCUUUCAGGCUGUCCAGAAUCUUCCAACCAGGAGACAACAGCUACAGGCUUUGAACCUUCUUGUCAUCCUCCUACCCGAUGCAAACAGAGAUACACUAAAGGCCCUGCUUGAAUUUCUUCAAAGAGUAAUAGACAAGAGAGAGAAAAAUAAGAUGACCGCCAUGAAUGUAGCAGUCAUCAUGGCUCCAAAUCUCUUCAUGUUUCACACAUUGUGCCCAAAGGGCAAUGAACAGCAAGAACUUGUAAUGGCAGCCGGGAGAGCGUCUACCAUGUUCUUAUUGAUUAAGUAUCAGAAGGAUCUGUGGACAAUCCCCAAGUUCAUUGUCAAUCAAGUGAGGAUAAAAAAUCAGAAAAAAGAUAGAAGGCCCAUGAAGAAAUUGCUGAAGAAAAUGGCCUAUGACCGCGAAAAAUAUGAAAAGCAAGAUAAGAUUGCAAAUGAUGCUGACGUUCCUCAGGGAGUGAUUCGAGUGCAAGCUCCCCAUCUUUCGAAAGUUUCCAUGGCAAUACAGCUAACUGAAGAACUAAAAGCCAGUGAUGUACUUGCCAGGUUUCUCAGCCAAGAAAGUGGGAUUGUCCAGACUCUCAAGAAAGGGGAAGUUUUUUUGUAUGAAGUUGGAGGAAAUAUUGGAGAACGCUGCCUCGAUGAAGACACUCACAUGAAGGACUUAUAUCAGCUCAACCCAAAUGCUGACUGGGUUAUAAAGUCAAAGCCAUCAUAGAAGCUACAGAUAACCACAAGGACUUCUUUAAUAAUACUUGCUGGGUCAAGAGUGUAAAUAAAAAGAAUGGCAGGGUUCCUUCAUUAUUCAAAUGUAUCCAACUCUUGAAUAGUGACAUUCUCAAGUCUUAAAAAGUUAAAGAUUUGUGCUGCUGCCAGAAUUAUGUUAAUAAUUAUUAUUAUGUUAUUAGAAAACAGAUAUUUCUGAAGUGAGAGGAAAAGGGGCUUAAUUAGCUUGCAGGCUAUUUUCAUUGUAGUCAAAUGUACCCAGAUGUGACAGCUUUUUUUUAACAUGAAAAUAUGCUCUCAUCCUUUUCACUUUUUUCUCUAACAAUCAUAUAGAUGCUUUCUCACCUUUCUCUCUUCCUCACAUCUGCCUUCUCCCAAUUAGAUUUGCUUCUUAACCAAAAAGAAAAUAAAUACCAGGUAUGGCAAGUUGCAAAGACAGUACAUCUUAGACUGAAUUCAACAAUUUUCCUGUCACUAUCAAAUGUUAAUAUUCAUCUCUUUGAGUCAUUUGUUCAAACAAUAAUAUCCCCCUUCCUGCUGUAUCACAUGAAGUGAUUUGCAUUUUUUUCAGUUCAUCUGACAUAUGUGCACAGAACUGUAUCCACUAUGAAGAAAAUAGAACCUUCAGAGACUGCCAAUUAGUACUGAACCAAUUACUUAUAUACUAAGAAUAAAUAAAAUACAUCCAUGUGGAAUAACUGGAUUAUAGAUACCAAGAGAGUGAAAGCCAAAUCGCUUCAUGUAUGAAGUUCUCUUCCAAAAUGAAAUCGAAAAAGUCAUAGCUGGCUCUACCUAUUGUCAUAUUCACAGUAUAAAUAUGCAUGGUAUUAUAAUCCAGUAAUGGUUGAGAAUGUAUUCUAGUAAGAUGGGCAUUUUUCAACUCAUAAAUAAGUCUGCAGGAAGAAUUAUUCUUCUGGGUAUGACACAGUCAUAUAAACAAGCUUUUGUUUGUGUCCUUAUUUUAAAUAAUCAGAGUAACUUUAUUAAAAUGCUGUGGAAAGGGCUACUUGCAGGGAUUUUAAUGCACAAACCAUAUUGUGAUAAAAGAUAAGCCUCUGUAUUGUAAAUAAGAGGAAUGAGUGAGAAAGAAAUCUUCAAUAUUAUAUGCGUUUAGAGAGUGGUAAAUAAAAUGUGAUGUAAAUGAAUGUUGCACAAACUGAGUUUAUGAUACUUUUAGUAGUACUUUAGGAAAAAAUGACACAUUCUCAAAGGCUCUUGAUGUCAUUCUAAUUAGGAGGAAAAAUGCUGUUAAUGAGAACAGUAGUAAAUUUUUAGCAUUUAAUUACAAGAGCAGCCUGUGGAUAUGAUCACUUAAAUAACUUUGUGGUAAUUUGUGCCAUUGCUUUUUUAUUUAAAUUUUUUUAAUAAUUAAAUGCAUUU